AUGGCUGACACUAAUGAAAUGAGCUCUGAACAACAGCAACAACAGCGAUUCGGCCUGCCCGGGUUCCGGUUCCACCCGACGGAGGAAGAGCUGGUCGAAUUCUACCUCAAGAACAUGAUCUUCGGCAAGAAGCUCAGCCUCGACGUCAUCGGCUACCUCAACAUCUACCGCUACGAUCCCAGAGAACUCCCCAGAUUGGCGAAGACAGAUGGGGAGAGGGAGUGGUAUUUCUACGUCCCGAGGGACAGGAAGCACGGCAGCAACGGGCGGCCCAACCGGACGACGGAGAGAGGGUUCUGGAAAGCAACCGGGUCGGACCGGAAGAUAUGGCGGCUGUCGGAGCCCAAGAGGCAAAUUGGCCUGAGGAAGACUCUGGUUUUCUAUCAGGGCAGAGCUCCUAGAGGAACCAAGACCGAUUGGGUCAUGAACGAGUACCGCCUCCCUGAUUCCUCUCCUCUUCCCAAGGACAUAGUGUUGUGCAAGAUCUACAGAAAGGCAACUCCUUUGAGAGUCUUGGAACAGAGGGCAGGAAUGGAAGAACAGCAACAGCGAUUCUUAAUGAAUGAGACAAUUUCAGUCAUGGCUGACACUAAGAACUACAACACCAAUUAUAAUAAUAAUCAUACUCCAUUAUCAUCAUCAUCAUCCCCUUCAAUGGACACAGCCACCACCACCAUGUCCAUGUCGCCAGACCCAUGGGCCAUCACAUCCGGCCCACACCAGGACGGCCCACUUCACGAGAUCCUUGGGCCGCCGCCGGCGGUCGGCCUAAACGGAUACAUGCCCUUCAUGAUGAAGACGGAAGAAGCUGCUGAUCUUGCCACUAACUAUAAUGAUGGUGGUAAUUACUUUGGUGAUGAUGGGAUUGGGGACUACAAAACGGUGCCGUCUGCUGCGGACGUGGUUUCGGCUUCUUGCACAUUGCUGCAGCAGUUCCCGCCGGCGGCGGCCGCGGCUGAGGGGAAGGUGAUGAACCAUUGCAAGUUGCCGGAGCUUCAAGUGCCGAACAAGCUGAGCACAACAUUAAUAGGGGAUUGGAGCCAGGACCCUUUCUGCUUGAUCAGUCCUUGGCUUCAUCAGAAUUUGACCCCUUUGGCUACUCUCUUGAACUUGUAG